AGAUAAAAGAUUUAUAACCUUCAGAGUACAUACGUCGUUCUAGCCCGGAAGGCGAGAUACGGUGGGCGUAUCCCUCUGCGCGAGUACUCCCUUGUGACCAAUCAGCGUGAGGCUUGCGUGGCUCCCGGCGGAGAAGCCCCGCCCACCUCACUUCGCCGGCCCAGUGCCUCCCUCGCUAUUACAAAUACUGAAUGAGAUGUGCCAAAGGGAACGCGGUUCUAUGCUAUCCUUUUACUCGCUGGAUAUUAUCUGAAAGCAGGACGCGCAGUGCGAAUCCUGCCGUAUCACGGUGGAGAUCUCUCUGCCCGCGGGCUAUCGCUCUAAAAACGAUUACAAGAGGCAACAAGGCAGAUCAGCUGGUGGCCGUGUGGAGAAGCCUCGGCGGGGACCUUGUCGGGAGCGGAAGGGGCCAGCACCACCCAGGCUCGGGUCUCGCGCCGACACAAAGGCUGCAGCAUCAGGCGGCGGCGUCGACGGAGGCACAGGAGGAUGCUGGAUCGCCAGGAGGAGCGCCAAGGCCAGGAGGAGGUCGUGUGCGUCGGGUGUGGCGGCCGCAUCACGGAGCGCUGGUCUCCAAGACCCAGGAAGGGCGUGUUGGCACAGGGCAUGCUUCGGUGCUCCCCUUUUGUUCCAAGGGCCAGGGCAAGCCCCUGGAGGAGAAGUGCUUCGCUAAACACGGACAUCUCUACUGCAGGGAAGACUAUUUCAGGAUAUUCGGGUGUGGGCGGUGUGGGCGUUGUGGCCUAGACAUCGCGCCCCAGGAGCUGGUGAUGAGGGCUCGUCACCAUGUCUACCACCUCCACUGCUUCACGUGCGCCUCGUGUCACGUGCAACUCCACAAAGGCGAUCACUUCGGGAUGCGCGACGGGGCUGUCUACUGCCGCCCGCACUACGAGCUCAUCCUCCAGUCAGAAGCCGAGAUGGAAGCCGUGGGCGUGACCCCGGGCAUGGCAUACCCGCCCCUUUCCCCCGCAACUCCCCGCCUGGCCUACUACAACGGCGUGGGCGCGGCGCAGAAGGGGCGCCCACGCAAGAGAAAACUACCCACGGAGGACAUGCCGCCCCUGACGCCUCUUACGCCCGGCAUGGAACUGGUACCGGGCGGGGAGAUGACCGGCAUGGACGGCUACCGGUACGACCACCAGGCAAACACACAGACGAGGACCAAGCGCAUGAGAACGUCAUUCAAGCACCACCAGCUGAGAACCAUGAAGUCCUACUUUAACCUCAACCAGAACCCGGACGCGAAAGACCUGAAGCAGCUGGCACAGAAGACGGGUCUGUCGAAGCGAGUGUUACAGGUGUGGUUCCAGAACGCGCGGGCCAAGUGGCGAAGGAACCUACUCAAGCAAGAGCAAGACCGUCACGCGGCGGAGAAGAUGAAGGAGCCCUCGUCCAUCCUGCAGGACCUCCGCCCGGUCGACAGCAUGGGCCCCGCGGGACUCACCGACCUGUACGCCAUGUCCUCCGGAGACGAGGGCAGCCAGUCCCUCCAGUUCACGGACAUGUGCCAAUAAGGAGAGGGCGGAGGACGAGGCGCAGGAGGGAAGGCGGAGGGGGAAUGUACAGAGGGCUGAGGCUCAGGACCUGCGGAGGGCUCAGGAAGGGCGAGGGAGUAGGGGAGAGGGCUAGAACGAGUUCAUGAGAGGGAGAAGUUUUGUUGCAAAGGGAAAGGGAGGAAUCGCUCCCCCAGAGCCACACUGGUCUGGAGGCCUUGGCUGCUAGAUGUAGUUGCCAAUUCUAUUAUACAAAAACCAAAGUUAUUACCAAGAAUUUAUUUCUGUAUGUAUAUAUACACAGAAAUAUAUAUAUACACGCACACACAUAGACGCAAAGACACAUACAUGCACAU